AGAACACUGACAUUUAGGUCUUCGUCCUUCUUCCAGAAUAAAUCAUUAACUAACUCAUUUCACUGAAGCCCCCUUCGUUCAAAUACAUCUAUCUCAUUCCCAUCUUAACUAUGGAAUCGCGGACUCUUCUCAUAACCGGGGCCUCCGGCUAUAUCGGAUGCUCAGUUUUGUCUGCCAUCCUCAGGACCAAAGAAACGUGGGCUGCUAAUCUGAAAGUAUCGGCCCUGGUUCGAUCUGAAUCACAGGCUACAAAAGUCAGGGAGUUGGGUGUAUCUCCGAAACUAUUCUCCAGCUUCGAUGAGCUGGAUAGGCUAGAAGAGGUUGGUGAAGGCUUCGACAUUAUAAUUCAUGCUGGUGCUGGUUGGCAUACUCCCUCUGCGAAAGCCCUGAUUAGGGGACAAGGCGUGCGGCGCCAAACUACGAACGCCGAUUGGACUACCGACAUUGCCGUGAUUGAGGAGGGCGAGGCCUCUGGUAUGACUACUUACAUUGUAAUGGCACCUACAAUGUUUGGUCUUGGAAGUGGACCAUUCAAUCGCUUUUCCAUGCAGCUUCCAACCAUGAUCGCGGAUGCACUUCGUACAGGCAGCUGCAGCGUUGUUUUUGAGGGAUAUACGGUUUGGAACCACCACAUUUUCCGAGGCAUCAAGAUCCCCUCUGGUCGAAAGGGAAUCUAUUUCUGUGAGACUGGAGAGCACUCACACCUGGAGUUCUCGGAAUACCUGGCUAAGGCUGGCCAUUAUGAGGUGGUGAAGAUUACUAUCCAGGAAGCAGGCGAGAAAUGGGUUUUUGGCAACACAUCUAGUGCUGAACUUGGCUUUGCGUCAAACUCUCGUACGAAGGCUGUGCUAGAGAGCACAUUCAGCGUGGAGCUGACUGAAAUCUUAAGAAUCCUCACAGUGGACGAGAGAUCCCUAAGUAUCUGA